AUGAAGAAGAUUGAUGAGGGCGAGUUCCUGACUGAGGAAGAGGAUGUGGAGAGGUUGGGGUCGUCGGAAGAGAAGGAGGCAGCGCAGGUGAAGCAGGUUACUCCGCAGCAAAGUUCAGGCAGCACUGGCAGUGAUGAAAGCGACGAGGUGGUGGAGCAGAAGACGGUGGCUGUCGCUGCAACGCGCCCUCUGGAGAUUGAAGACUACGACCUCCUUGAAGGCACGCCUCCCGUGUCGCCUUGCUCAGCUGAGAAGCUCGCAUAUACGCAUCGCCAGUCGUCCAUGCUUAUCACGGAUGCGAUCGCUCUUGUGCGUCGAGCGCAGCGGGAGCGCGUUGAGCGGCGUAUUACCAACAUCGCGUCGAAGUGUAGGGACGGCUAG